AUGGGGCAGAACUGUGGGGCGCAGCCGUGGCAUCCCCCUCUGACCCCCCCCCGGCCCGCCCCAGGCUACCGCUGCUUCAAGGCCAUCAUGUUCCUGUCGGGGCUGCUCUUCGGCUCCGCCGUCAUCUUCCUCCUGUGCUACAAGGAGCGGGUGCUGGAGACUCAGCUGAGCCUGGAGGCCAGCGCCGGCAUCGCCCUGGCCAUCGGGCUGCUCUGCGGCCUGGUCACCCUCCUGCUGCGCAGCGUGGGGCUCUUCACCACGGGGCUGCUGCUGGGGCUGCUCCUGGCCACCGCCGCUCUGGUGACGGUGCCGCCGGCGGCUCCUCCGCCCAGCCCCUGGGUGCCGGCGGGCAGUUUGUUGGGCCUGGCCCUGCUCUGCGCCCUCCUGGCCCUGCAGUGGCCCAAAGCCCUCACCGUCCUCGCCACCGGCGUCUUCGGCGCCGCCGCCGUGGUGGUCUGUGCCGAUUACUGGCUGGAGGCGCUGGCGCUGGUGCUCUACGUCUCCCGGAGGCUGCAGCUGGCGCCGGCCGGGCCCCUGUGCUGGCAGAGCUGGGUGAUGCUGGGGGCAUGGCCGGCCCUCAGCGUCAUGGCCGUCCUGCUCCAGUGGAAGGUGACGGCCCACGGCUUCUCCCACAGCCGGGGGAUGGAAAUGGGGAAGGGGACAGGAUGA